AUCUACUUUAAACGACUUCGAAUGGCGUUGAGUAGUUUUUUUCAUUACAAUUCCCAUUGCGAUUAGAAAAUAUAUAAUUUUGCCCCAUGUGAAAUACGUUAUCUGAGUCGAAUAAUUUAAUUAAAUAAAUCAAAUAGUUUUCAGUGCAAGUAAACUGAAAAUCGAAGCGGUUUAAAUCAAAAAAUUUUAUUCGUCGCACAACGUGACAGAUCGUAGCAGUAGCGGAUAGAUAUCGGUAGCAGAAAAUUUGGACGCCAUCUUUAAAAAUUUUUUUAGACCUAUUCGGCACUGAAUUUCAUUGUCUGGUCGAAAAACCAGAAAAUCACAAAUAUUAAAUAGUCUAAAUGGCGUUAAAAAGAAUUAAUAAGGAAUUGCAAGACCUCGGGAGGGAUCCACCAGCUCAAUGCUCAGCAGGUCCUGUCGGAGAUGACCUGUUUCACUGGCAAGCCACCAUUAUGGGACCGCCUGAUAGUCCGUACCAGGGUGGAGUGUUUUUCCUAACAAUUCAUUUUCCAACAGAUUAUCCAUUCAAACCGCCUAAAGUGGCUUUUACAACUCGUAUAUAUCACCCUAAUAUAAACAGUAACGGAUCGAUUUGUCUCGACAUAUUAAGAUCUCAGUGGUCGCCCGCAUUAACUAUUUCAAAAGUUCUGUUAUCAAUUUGCUCUCUGCUAUGUGAUCCCAAUCCAGACGAUCCACUGGUGCCAGAGAUUGCGAGAAUAUAUAAAACCGAUCGGGAAAAAUAUAACGAGCUUGCCCGUGAAUGGACAAGAAAAUAUGCUAUGUGAUGCGUUCCAGAUAUAAUCGAUCCGUCAAGUAAUCACUACUGCAUUAAACAUUAUAACUACAUAAAAACAACAAACAUGAAAUAAAGAGAAAAACAGAAACAAAAGAAUUAAACAGAAAAAUAAAAUAAAAAUUUGAAAAAAAAGGAAACCAUCAAAAACACAAAACAACCAGCAAUUAUACAUAAAACACUUUAAAUGAAAGUUUAAUUGAAUUCGUGAAAUACAAAAUUUGAAAAAUGCAAAACCCAAAACAAUAAGAGAGAAAUUCUAAUGGAAAAAGGAAAAAGGAAUUUAAAAAAAAUUAUUUGAAAAAUUACAAUAUUUAACAAAAAAUGGAAAAAAAUUGAGAAAAAAAAAAUUUUAACGAAAAACUUAACCCACAAAUAUUAUGUGAAUGUCCUUGCCCAUCUUUAUCAAUUUACCACACACGCAAAAACCAGAAAAACUUCGCAAACAUUUUGAAAUCAAUACAACGGACAAUUGAUGAAGAAAAAACACACACCCGCUGGAAAUUCAAUUUCAUUAUUUUGGUGAACAUAAUUUCAAAUUUCCUUUUCUUUUCUUUGUUAGCUGGAAAUUUUCAUGAACAAAUACGUUACGCCGUUUUGCUUUUUUUCAUUAUUAUUUCUAAGUUUUUUGUUUUAUUCCUUCAUUUUUUUUUACGGAAAACAGUUUUGUUUAUUGUUUUGUUUUCUUUUUAUUUUAUUUUAUUUUUUUUCAAAUAGAAGAGAUUGUUCUCAAACCAAUUUUUUAUAUCAAUUUCGAUUUAGUCGAGAAGACAUAGACACACACACAUUUGUUCUAGUUUUUACGAAACAAACAACACAAAAAUAAUUAAACAAACAAAAAAAUUGAUGAAAAAAUUAUAGAAAAAAAGUAACUUUUGUCCAGAAUUAAAAAAAAAAUUAUUAAGUGUUUCUAUUCUCUGUCGAAAAAAAAUUAAUAAAAAAAAAAUCUUGCGCUAAAAUAAAUUCAAAAUAGAAAAUCGAUUAAAAACAAAUGAAUUACACACACCGACUCGUUUUUUGUUUUUCUAAAUAAUUAAAAAAAAAAUUAAAAAGGAAAAUGAAAAGUUAAGGAUAAGUAAAAUAAACAGAGAACAUCUAUGCAAGCUCUUAGAUUGUGUUUUUCUAAUUGAAUUUUUAAUUUAAACAAAAAAAAAGAUUUAAAAUAAAAACAACAAAAAAAAACUUAAUUUAAAUAAAUGAAAAAUUUCAAUUUCAAAAUUUCUUUAUUUUAUUUUCUUUUCGUUGUUGUUGUUGUUGUGAACCGCAUAAAAUCCGCUAAUUUAAAACAAAAACAAAAUAUUUGACUGGAUGACGCUACACACAUUUUGUAUUUCUACGUUUUCGGUUUGUUUUUUUGUGCAGUUGAAGAAGAGAUUUUUCGGUUCAUCUUUUUAUGUUUUAUGUCAUCAGAAAUCGAAAAAUUCGAGAUUCAUCUCUCACAUUUUCUUUGUUUUUUGUUUGUUUGUUUUUUUUUCUCUUCUCUUCUCUCUCACAUCGAAAAGCAAAGAAAAGAUUUUUUUUUAAUUCGAGAAAAUGUGAGUAAACUCUUAACAAUAAAUAAUAAUAAUUCAAAUUUAUGGGGUGGAAAAAUGAUAGACUACAUUUCAUCAAAGAAUAAUAAUUUCAAUAAAACAAAGAAAAUGAAUUAGGAAAUGAAUAGCGACUCACCAACACGACGCUAUUUAUUUUAUUUUUUUGGUUCAUUGAUUCAAUUAGGAUAAAUUUUUAUUUAAUUCUUCGACCUUUAGUUCUAAUUUUUAUUUAUCAUCUCCUCAACACUUAACAAUAAAAUUAAAGAAAAAAAAUUGAACAGAAAGAAAAAUGCGUCCGCUGAAGAAAGACUUUCGGAUUUUUCAACGGAAAGUUUUUUUUUCUUUUUCCUUUUUUGUUGUAAAAUAGAAAACCAGAGACGGAAUUUAGAAGAAAUAUUUUAGUUUUUUAGAGACAACCAAUUUUAUUCUCAUCUCAUUUUUAUGUUGUUUUUUUUUUCUCCUUUAAAUUAAUACAAAGAAACCGAAAAUUAUGUUUGCGGGAAUGGGAAAAACAAAUUUGAUUUCGUGCGCCUUUAUUUUGGUUGGUUUGAUUCAACGAAAAUACGUUUUUUCCGAAGAAAUUUUCGUUUGACUUUGUGUUUUCGUUUUGUCUUUCUUUCUUAAACUUAUUAAAAUUUAGAAACAAUUUUGUGUUUUUUUGUUGUAGAAAUUCAUCAAACAAACAAAAACCGAUAAGAUAUAAAUUCACAAAUUUUUCAAUCAAAAUAUGAAAUUUAAAAAAAAAAUAAAAUUAAAAAAUAAUUUUCCGACAAAACCAAAUUUUACCAUCGUCGUCAUUAUUGAAAACAAGAAAACAACAAAAAAAAGUAUUUUGCAAAAUUUUAUAUUUUUAGUUGAAAUUAUAAAAGAAAAGGUAAUAAAUGUGUUUUUCGAAAUAAAAAUGAAAUGAAGCUAUGUAAUUGUAUAAUCCGAAAAAGAGCAAGAAAAAAACAGACAAAAAAGAAACCAUUAGAAGAAUCAAUUAAUGCAGCCGUGUGACAACUGGGGAUCCAACCGAUCUAAUUAGCAAAAAA